AUGAAUAAGCCAGAAGGUCGAAAUGUCCUAUUUACCCUCACCUCCUACUGCCUUUCUCGCCAGAAUAAACGGUCAUCUUUUCACUCCAAAGCCCAUUUCAUUCAACAGCUUCAAGAUUGCGGCGAUUUCAAAUCCUUAACCGCCACCCACUCCAACGUUCUGAAAUCUGGAUUCUUGGACGACACCUUCACGACCAACCACCUCAUCAACGGCUACGCAAGACUUCAAAAAAGCAAUGAUGCCCACCACCUGUUCGAUGAAAUGUCCGAACCAAAUGUUGUCUCCUGGACUUCCCUCAUGGCUGGGUUUGUCGACACUGGUCGACCCAAAAUGGCCCUUUGGCUCUUUACAAAAAUGCCCCGAAGGUCGGUUAUGCCCAAUGUUUUUACAUUUGCAACCGUGGUUAAUGCCUGUUCGAUCCUCGCUGACCUUAGAACUGGCAAGAAACUCCAUGCCCAGGUUGAGACUUUUGGUUUUCAAUCUAACCUUGUGGUUUGCUCGUCCCUCAUUGACAUGUAUGGGAAAUCAAAUGAAGUGGAGGAAGCUCUUCGGGUUUUCAACUCAAUGAGUUGUAGAAACAUUGUUUCUUGGACUUCAAUGGUUGCUGUGCUUGGGCAAAACGCACAAGGGGAUAAUGCACUCCAACUUUUUAGGCAAUUCAACCAUUCAGUGUUGGACGCCCCAAACCAUUUCAUGCUGGCCAGUGCGAUCAGUGCCUGUGCAAGCCUCGGGAGGCUAGUCUCUGGGAAAGUCACACAUGGAGUCGUGAUUCGCCGUGGGCAUGAUUUGAACCAUGUAGUUUCAAGUGCACUUGUUGACAUGUAUGCGAAAUGUGGGUCCAUUAGUUAUUGUAAUAAGGUGUUUCAGAUGAUUCCCAAUCCCUCGGUGAUUCCUUACACUUCGAUGAUUGUAGGGGCAGCAAAGCAUGGCCUCGGAGCAUUCUCACUUUAUCUCUUCAAAGAAAUGCUUAGAAAAAGAAUAAAACCUAACGAUGUCACCUUUGUUGGGGUAUUGUAUGCUUGUAGCCAUUCAGGUCUUGUUGAUGAGGGCCUCAAACACUUGAACCUUAUGUACAAAGAGCAUGGUAUUAUGCCUGAUGCAAAGCAUUAUACAUGUGUCGUUGAUAUGCUCAGCAGAUCUGGCCGUCUUAAUGAGGCUUACCAGUUAGCAAAGUCUGUAGAAGUAUUAAAACCUGAUGAAGGGGCUCUCUUGUGGGGGACUCUUCUUUCAGCCAGCAGGCUUCAUGGAAGAGUAGAUAUUGCCGUUGAAGCAAGCAAAUGGCUAAUAGAAUCAAACCAACAAGUAGCAGCUGCAUAUGUUACUUUGUCAAACACUUAUGCGUUGGCCGGGAAAUGGGAGAAUGUAUAUGGCAUUCGAUCCGAGAUGAAGCAUAAGGGAGUUCACAAGGAACCCGGUUGCAGUUGGGUGGAGAAUAAGGAUUCGAGUUACGUGUUCUAUGCUGGGGACGUGUCUUCAUGUCCACGAGGAAGUGAGGUGUUGAGCUUGUUGAGGGAGUUGGAGAGGAGAAUGAAGGAAAGAGGUUAUGUGGGAGGGAGUGUGGGUUUGGUGUUUGUAGAAGUGGAAGAGGAGGCCAACGAGGAAAUUGUGGGUUUGCACAGUGAGAGAUUGGCAUUGGGCUUUGCAUUGUUGAGUAUGCCCAAAGGAAUGACCAUUAGAGUGAUGAAGAACUUGAGAAUGUGUAGGGACUGUCAUGAGGCUUUCAAGCUCAUUAGUCACAUUAUGGAGAGGGAUAUUGUGGUGAGAGAUGUGAACAGAUUUCAUCAUUUUAAGAAUGGGUGUUGCACCUGCAAUGAUUUUUGGUGAUGAUCGUUCAACAAAGAUAAUUACAUAUACAAGCUCA